AUGGUGCAGUACAGACUUACAUACUUCGAUGGCCGCGGUACUGCUGAGAUCAUUCGACAAAUUUUUGCCGUUGCUGGGGAAAAAUUUGAGGAUGUUCGUGUCAUUCAACAAGGAUGGCCAAAACUCAAGGCUAAUACACCUUUCGGACAAUUGCCAGUGCUGGAAAUCGACGGUAAGCAGCUAGCUCAAUCUGCUGCCAUUGCUCGAUAUCUUGCCAGAAAAUUUGGGCUCGCCGGCAAAAACCCGUAUGAGGAGGCGGUUGUCGAUUCUAUCGUUGACCAGUUCAAGGACUUCACUGCUGAAAUUCGCCCAUACUUGAGAGUAGCUAUGGGUUUCGAACAAGGAGAUAAGGAUAAGCUAGCCAAUGAUGUGCUCUUUCCGGCCCGUGACAAGUUCUUUGGUUUCAUGACGAAGUUCCUCAAGGAGAAUAAAUCAGGUUAUCUUGUUGGAGACUCACUGACUUUUGCCGAUCUCUACCUGGCAGAGCACUGUGCUGAGUUUGCAAAGAAGAUGCCAAGUAUUUAUGAUGGAUUCCCAGAAAUCAAAGCUCAUGCAGAGAGAGUUCGCUCGAAUCCAGCUCUGAAAAAGUGGCUCGCUACUCGACCAGAAACUCCUUUCUGAGUGAUCGUUCUUUUGUUAGAAUAAACGAG